CAAACUACAAAGAAUUACAUGGAUGUUUUGAUACUUCAAUCAAAGGAAGAAAUAGCUCUUCUCCUAAGAUGGAAUCUGUUGUUUGGGAAUGUGGUUAAUCAACUUGAUAUGUUGGCCAAAUGUGCCCUAUCUAAUAAAAUGAAAAGAAGAGACAAGAUGAUAUCAUUUUCCCAUAUUGUGAAACCAAAAACAAAUGCCUUUUGUGAGACCAAACUGACAAACCUCUGAUGAUGCAGAGGUUUGAAGAACUUAACAGUGAGAUAUAGAAGAAAUACUUUCAAGCUGAGACCUGCAGGUGUUUAAAGAUCUAAAAUACACAUUGAGUAGGCCUGAUCAUUUGAAUCUCAUUCAGAUCCAGAAAGGAUGGCUGUGAGUUGGACUGUCUUCUGUCUUUUGCCCUUGACUAUGUUUGUGGGGCAUAUAGGUGGGCACAGUUUGUUUUCUUGUGAACCUAUAACCUUGAGGAUGUGCCAAGAUUUGCCUUAUAAUUCUACCUUCAUGCCUAAUCUUCUGAAUCAUUAUGACCAACAGACCGCAGCUUUAGCAAUGGAGCCAUUCCACCCUAUGGUGAAUCUGGAUUGUUCUCGGGAUUUCCGGCCAUUUCUCUGUGCACUCUAUGCUCCUAUUUGUAUGGAAUAUGGACGUGUCACACUUCCAUGUCGUAGGCUGUGUCAGCGGGCUUACAGCGAGUGUUCGAAGCUCAUGGAGAUGUUUGGUGUUCCUUGGCCUGAAGAUAUGGAAUGCAGUAGGUUCCCAGAUUGUGAUGAGCCAUAUCCUCGACUUGUGGAUCUGAAUUUAGCUGGAGAUCCUACUGAAGGAGCCCCAGUGGCAGUGCAGAGGGACUAUGGUUUUUGGUGUCCCCGAGAGUUGAAAAUUGAUCCUGAUCUUGGUUAUUCUUUUUUGCACGUGCGUGAUUGUUCACCUCCUUGUCCAAAUAUGUACUUUAGGAGAGAAGAACUUUCAUUUGCUCGAUAUUUCAUAGGAUUGAUUUCAAUCAUUUGCCUCUCUGCCACAUUGUUCACUUUUUUAACUUUUUUGAUUGAUGUCACAAGAUUCCGUUAUCCUGAAAGACCUAUUAUAUUUUACGCAGUCUGCUACAUGAUGGUGUCAUUAAUUUUCUUCAUUGGGUUUUUGCUUGAGGACCGAGUAGCCUGCAAUGCAUCUAGUCCUGCACAGUAUAAGGCUUCCACGGUGACACAAGGAUCUCAUAAUAAAGCCUGUACCAUGCUUUUUAUGGUACUCUAUUUUUUUACUAUGGCUGGCAGUGUUUGGUGGGUGAUUCUAACCAUCACAUGGUUCUUGGCAGCUGUGCCAAAGUGGGGUAGUGAAGCUAUUGAGAAGAAAGCAUUGCUGUUUCACGCCAGUGCAUGGGGCAUUCCUGGAACUCUAACUAUCAUCCUUUUAGCGAUGAAUAAAAUUGAAGGUGACAAUAUCAGUGGCGUGUGUUUUGUUGGCCUCUACGAUGUUGAUGCAUUGAGAUAUUUUGUUCUUGCUCCCCUCUGCCUGUAUGUGGUAGUUGGGGUUUCUCUCCUCUUAGCUGGCAUUAUAUCACUAAACAGAGUUCGAAUUGAGAUUCCAUUAGAAAAGGAGAACCAAGAUAAACUGGUGAAGUUUAUGAUCCGGAUUGGUGUUUUCAGCAUUUUGUAUCUCGUACCACUCUUGGUGGUAAUUGGAUGCUACUUUUAUGAGCAAGCUUACCGUGGCAUCUGGGAAACAACAUGGAUACAAGAACGCUGCAGAGAAUAUCACAUUCCGUGUCCAUAUCAGGUUACUCAAAUGAGUCGUCCAGACCUGAUUCUCUUUCUGAUGAAAUACCUAAUGGCCCUCAUAGUUGGUAUUCCCUCCAUUUUUUGGGUUGGAAGCAAAAAGACAUGCUUUGAAUGGGCCAGUUUCUUUCAUGGUCGUAGGAAAAAAGAAAUAGUGAAUGAGAGCCGACAGGUACUCCAGGAACCAGAUUUUGCUCAGUCCCUCCUAAGGGAUCCAAAUACUCCUAUUAUAAGGAAAUCAAGAGGAACUUCCACUCAAGGAACAUCUACACAUGCUUCCUCAACUCAGCUGGCUAUGGUGGAUGAUCAGAGAAGCAAAGCAGGGAGUGUCCACAGCAAAGUGAGCAGCUACCAUGGCAGCCUCCACAGAUCCCGUGAUGGCAGGUACACUCCCUGCAGUUACAGAGGAAUGGAAGAGAGACUACCUCAUGGCAGCAUGUCACGACUGACGGAUCACUCCAGACACAGCAGUUCUCAUCGGCUCAACGAGCAGUCACGACAUAGCAGCAUCAGAGAUCUCAGUAAUAAUCCUAUGACUCACAUCACACAUGGUACCAGCAUGAAUCGAGUUAUUGAAGAAGAUGGAACCAGUGCUUAAGUCAUCCUAAGGUGGAAAACCUGUGCUGAUUUUACUUGUCUUGGCAUGGCUGCAACUCUCUGUUACCAUGCUUCCAGUGAGGUGCAGAUUGUGUCCUUUGGAAAAGCAAAUUUUUGCUUUUUAUAUUGCAUCAAACUUGGAACAUCAAGGCAUCCAAAAUGCUAAGAAUUAGAUCAUCGUAUAAAUAAUACUUAUUUCUAGUGUAUGAAGAGAUAAUUAUUUGUCUGGUAAGCAUUUUUAUAAACUCACUUAUUUUAUAUUUAGUAAAAUCCUAAACAUAUGAGACUGCUUUGUAGUGAACUUUCAUAUAAUAUCAUCUAGUCGUGAGAUAACAUUCUCGUAGUUCUGUUAAUAAAACAAAAUUUCAGAUUUAAAGAUAUUUUCUAUGCAAAGUUUAUUUGUCAGGUGAAUAGUAGGAAUUUGUAAUUUUCUUUUCACUAAGUGAAAAAGAACUGUGUUUUUAAACUGUAGGAGAAUUUGAUAAAUCAGCAAGGGUAUUUUAGCUAAUAGAAUAUAAAGAUUAACAGAUGACUCUGACUAGUCUAUUGAAGGCUCUUAAAAUUCUAUCAAAAUAAUCUUCAUCAAGAGAGAUACAGGAUUAGGAUUAGCAAUGGAAUAAAAUUGGAGAUGGACACUUUUUUCCCUAUAAUUUUGCUGUUUAUAUUAUUACGUUUGUAAAUAUUACUUUUACUGGCUGUGUUUCUAUAACUUAUCCAUAUGCAUGAUAGAAAGUGUUUAAUUUAUAGCCAUCUUUUUCCAUGUAGUAGUAUUGAUUGUAGAGAAAUUCAUGUUCAGAUCUGUUCUGUGGAUGCAUGUAAUAAGAUAAGCAUCAUACAUUGCUUUUUUUGUGGUAAACCACAGUUACAAAAUGACAAAAUGUUUCCUCUUUAUUCAUUGUUGUAUUUUUCUACAGUGAGAAGUGAUCUUGCCAAAGCUACCAGAUCUUGGUAUCCAGGCCCCUCCUAUCAGUGAUUUGAUUGUCUAUACUUGCAUUGCCUAGUAGCCAGUAGGCUACAGCUUUUGCCCCUCACUCUUACUUUCAGAUUCUGGAUCAUUCUUUUUUAUAGCUGAAAUAUAUAUAACCUAUAUCCAAAGUGGUGAUUAAUUUGGGGGUAUUUGAAAAUCGUUGUAGCUAAAUGAAGCAUGAUUAGUCUUGCUGUGAAGUAUCUCUUAAUCUUAAAAAUAUCAGCUCAAAAAUGUUUGACAGUUUGUCUUAUAAAAAGUUUAAACAAUUUACAGUAAAAACUGUAAACUUUAUUAGGCAUGAAACUGAUCAGAAAAGAAGGAAAAAUUUUAGGAAAUCCUGGAUGUGUUAUAUAGAAAAGCAUAUUUAAAACAAGCGGUCCUUGACCCUGACUACAUAUAAGAAUCACUUGGGGAACCUCUGAUGCCCAGCAAUCCUGUCAUUCAAAUGAGAAUUGGUAGUUUAAAAAACUUUCCAGGUGAUUCUAAUCAGCCAUUCUGCAGGCUGUUUUAAACCAACUUGUCCUUGUGAUGAUCUGAUGGCAUCAUAUCACAUCAUGUGAAAAUCUAGCUGGACUCAGUGUUAUGUUUAUCUACCAUUACCUGAUACCCAGUUUUUCUCCACUUACUUGUCUAUUAUAAAAUGGAAUUCUGGGCCCCACUCCCAAAGAUUCUUAUUCAACAAGUCAAAGGUGGCGGGGCUUUAAAAUCUAUAGUUAUAAAAAUACUACAAGUCAUUCUUACGAAAGCAGGUAAUCCAAGAAUCACAGUUUGAAAAAUAUUCCAAAUCUAGAGAGGCCUGGCUUUGCCGUAUGAUAGUUUUUAACCUUUAACAAAUCAACUUCUUUGAGCCUCAAUUCCCUUGUUUAUUGAAAUGAAGAUAGAAGAUAAAUACCUACCUCACAAAGUCAAAUAGGGAUCAAAUGAAUAGUCAUAUGCAAGCUCUUUGAAAACUAAGACAUUAUGAAAUAUAAGAGAUUAACUUUAUUGAGGAUUUAAGAAAUUUGAGGGCUAAUAUAGUACAUUCCUUGACAUGUUUAAUUCAUGUAUACUUUUCCCUCCUUUAAAACAAAAAGCACCAAGAAAUUAGAUGUUGUAUAAGAAGCUUUCAUCAGGCACAGAAGGCUGUUUCCUGAGAAUUUGUGGGUGAUACCUGAGGCCUGCGCAGGUACCUGCCCUCUCCCUCUGGCCUGUCCCUCAUAUGCUACCUUCCCGAAGACCUGCCCACCUGCCUCCUCUCCCUAGUCUUCCUUUUCAGUACUUCCACAGUAUAAUGUAUCUCAAGCAUUAGGAAAAGGAAAUUUGCAUUAACUAAUUCAUACUAAAGCGUUAGUGACUAUAGCCCUUUUACUUCUCUUAAAGAGAAAUCUGCAUUAGAAACAAACAUUGCUUUUAGUACAAACUAAUAUCAGUUAAUAGAAUAUUAAGCUUUAAAACAAAGGCAGAAAUAAUUUGUGUUAGCAGGAUCAUUUUGAGGCAAGAGGUAUCAUUAAGUGACCCAACUUGGAAAUCUGCCCCAUCUUUCCCUGAUGUCUGAAAGUGCUGUUUAUUUUCAGUGACCUUGAGGAAGGGAGCUUGUCAUUUGUAUUCAUGGGUCAUUUGAAGCCAGGGCCUCGCUGACCCUGUAUUCUAGUUUAGGGGCUAUAUCUAGAGCAUCCUAGAUAAUCCAUCUCCCACACUAUUCUGUUUCAGUCACAGUGUACCUUCCAGCUAGUCCUGUCUUCCAGCUCUGCUUAUCGAUAAUAAAUUUACAGAUGAUGACUAUCCAUUCUUGUAAAAAAUAUUAAGUCUUUCCUCAUUUACUGUUAUAGAUAAUGACCACCAACCACAUUUUCAUUUUUUCAAAAGAUAGAAAGGGAGAGAGGAUAUUCCCUUUUCACUAUUUUAAAAAUAUUUUUAAGCAGUUGGCACUUGGCAAUUUAGUUUUUCAAACCAUUUUCUGAAUUAGUGCUGAGGUGAUUCUAAAGUUGGUUCUAAAAUUUUAAUCUUGCUCUAUCAUAUAAACAUCUAGGUAGAAAGUGUUUGUGCUAAAGACUUGUAUUUUUGUGGCGUUAAUUCUUCAUGUUUCUUUUUCAUGUGUUUGAAAUUGUUCAUUCAUUUCCGGGUGAGUGGAAAGUUCCUGUUGUUGAGAUCUGUAUAGGGCAAGUACCCUUGAUCAGAGCAUGAACCGUACUUUCCCGUUAGCCGAUGUGCUUCGCUCUCUGCUCUUGUAGAUUUAUUUUGUUUACAGUAGACUGAUGUGAGUUUUUGUAAAUGUUUUUACUUAGCACUUUAACUGUGAGUGUACAAACUGAUUUUAAAUGUAGUGGUUGUAUAUUUUGGUUAUAAACUGGAAAUUUUUAAUAAAAUUAAAUAA